UCCUCCUACUUACCUCUCACCAACCCUCUUCCUCUCCUCAAACCUCGCGUAAAACCUAACCAAGGUCCCGUUCCAUCCUCUUCCCAUAUCCCGAUACGUCCCUGUACUCUGCGAUACCAAGUCCAUCGCGAAAAACGUUCCCUUCUUACGCCCCGCCAACGACGCUACGCUCUUCUCCUCGCUCUUGUCCGCAAUCUCUACGCCCGUGCGUCGACCGAUUGCGCCAACUCCAGAUUCCACCGGUUUACCACCGACCGUAUCUCCCGCGUCGUAUUUUUCACUUUGCAAUCUCCGUCCUAUCUCGCGAAAAGGUUACUCCAAAGUCAACCGAUGUCGCGUUAUAACCGACGCCGCGCCUCCUUUCCCCGGCACUCUUCCACGAAGCAGUCUCACCGAGUAUCCUCGCUCGCCGUUCCACUUUGCGUCCACCGAAUCCGCCAACAUGUCUCUCCACUGGGGUAUAGCAGGUGCCGGAAAGAUAUCGCACGACUUCGUAACGGCUCUGCGAACGUUGCCAACGUCCGAGCACGCGGUGGUCGCGGUAGCGGCUCGCGACUUGUCCAGAGCGCGACGUUUCUCCAGCUCGCACAACGUUCCAAAGGCUUUCGACGAUUACGCGAAACUGGCCGAGGACCGGGACGUUGACGUUGUGUACGUCGGAACGUUGAAUCCGCAACACUUUGACGUCGCCAGGUUGAUGUUGCAACACGGCAAACACGUUCUGUGCGAGAAGCCCUUGACCGUGAAUCUGAGGCAAACGACCGAGUUGAUAAAUCUGGCCAAGGAGAAAAAGUUAUUCUUGAUGGAAGCGAUUUGGAGCAGAUGUUUCCCCGUGUACGAUAUUCUCAAGAGAGAGAUCGAAUCUGGAACUAUCGGAGAGAUUCGUCAGGUUAUCGUAUCUUUUGGAUUCAAACUGUCGGACGUUGAACGAUUGACCGUCAAGAGUCUCGGAGGAGGUACCGUCUUGGACUUGGGCGUCUACGCGAUACAGCUUGCUUGUUUGAUAUUUAACAACGAGAUGCCUCGUACCGUGCGAGCUGCUGGAUGCUUGAACGAGGAGGGUGUCGAUCUCUCCGUGUCUGCCACCUUUCUCUACGACGGAGAUCGUACCGCCACCGUUGUCACUCACUCUCUGGUUGACUUACCCAACGAAGCCUGCGUCGUUGGCACCAAAGGAACCCUCAAACUGCCAAACUUUUGGUGUCCCACGACCAUAGAGCUACCCGCUGGUAAAACGAACGUGUCGCUUCCCGAAACUGACGGCAAGUUCAAUUUUACCAACAGCGUUGGACUGUCUUACGAAGCCGACGAAGUUCGCAGUUGCAUCUUGGCAGGUGCGACCGAAAGCUCCAAAGUACCGCACGAUGCUUCUUUGUUGAUCGCGCGAUUGGAAGACGAGAUUCGAAGACAAGUUGGAGUCACGUACGCCGAGGACUGUCUGGGCUGAUUGCGUCGCCCGCGAGAUCGUUGCGACUCGAUCGAUCUGUGUACUCGACGAUCCUGUUCGCCGUUUCACGUUCGAACUUGAACGAUGUUUUCUCGCGCGAGAGAAAUUUUCCCUAUUAAACGUGAUUGACGAAGAA